AUGGCUGGCACUGGCCGGGAAGGCAUCCCGGCCGCCUUGGCCAGGCUUCGUGGCGCGGUGGCCCGCAAAGAGCCAAAAGGCCUUGUUCCUGGCCAUGGCAUGCAAUCCGCGAAGAUGGCAGCAGACUUCCUCGUAUCCGGAGAAGUCUUGCCGCAGUUGGAGCCGCGACAGCUGGCCCUGACAGCUUGGUCCUUGGCCCGUCUCGCAGCGACAGCCGGCCGGGAGCAUGCCGAGGCUUGGGAGCCUCGUGGCAAGAUGGCAGCGUGCUUAGAAGAGAGGCUUCAAGAGUUCGGCCCACACGAGUUGUCGAUGAUGCUCUGGGCCUUUGCGGCGGGCCCUUCUGGUAAGGCUGCCCGCGAUGGCCAUCACCUUGGAAGUGAGAGGCGCAAGGAUCUGGCCGAGAUGCUGGCACCUGAAGCUUUGAGAAAGCUCAGCGAAGCCACCUUCCUGAACGUCAGCAAUGCGCUCUGGUCGUGUGCUACCCUCCGUGUGCUCCUACCCCGACUUUCCAUGGCAGCGGCCGCGCGCAUGGCCACAGCCGAUGCCUCUGAGCUCUUGCCACAAGCGCUGGCCAACAUCGCUUGGGCGCUGGCGCUCUCCCAGCACGACGUGCAAGGAACGGCCGUCGACAGAGCAAUGACGGUGGCUGCCGAAAGGGCCAUUAGCCGUUCAGAAGAGUUUCGCCCGGCAGAACUUGUGGCACUUUCCUGGGCGCUGGCAACCAGACACGAGGCUUCUGACUGCUGCCUGCCACAAGACACCACCAACCGUUGGAGAGAUGUGGCCAUGUCAGCAGCAGAAGCAGCGCUGGGCUACAACAACAUCAAUCCCAGAUCACGUCCAGGAACACGGCUGCUGGCACAAGCUGCUUGGGCCUGCGCCAAUUUUCGCACCGACACUUCCUUCCAGCCCUUGUGGAGUCAGCUGGCUGAAGCACUCGAUGCAAACCUCCGGCAAGGAUGUCCCGCCUCCAGUCAAGAUCUGGCAAAUGGCCUUUGGGCGCUUGCGGCGGCUUCGGUCGCCCAUUCGCAUUCACCAUCCUUUGCCGCGCUCUCCGAAGAAGCUGCCAGACGCGACGAUUUCGAGCCUCGACAGCUGGCAGCCUGCGCGUGGGCACUCGCAUCUUCCCGCCAGCGCCAGCUUGCAUGGCUGGAGGCUUUGGAGCGAUCGAGCCGCAGGGCAUUGCAUGAGCUGCAGCUGUCGGAAAUCGCUGCCAUCUGCUGGGCCUGGGCGGCUUCCGAAGCUGGCGAGUCGCUCCUUGAGGCAUUGCUCCCCCAAGCCCAGCAGCUGAUCCAAAGAGCUGUGGCUUCAAGGACAACUUCAAGCGGCUUCGUUGAAGCCUUGCUUCAGCUUGCUUGGGCCAGCUCCUUCAGCCAGGCAACGGGGACGUCUGACCUGAUGCAGCUCAUUAAGACCUGCUUGCUCAGAGAGGGAAGACGCCGAGACUUGCAGGCCCAUGGAAGGCUGGAUGGUCCACCCACAGGGACUUGGGCUGCGCCUUCGCCGAACUCACCCAGCAUCGUGGUCAACGAGGAGAAGCAAGGUUUUGUGGUCAUUCACAAACCCGUCCACUGGGAGGUGGACAAUGCCGACGGGGGGGGCGCUGCUGCUGGCCGGCCCAUUCCCCUCUCCAGCUACAUGCAGGCCCACUUCCCAAACAGGCCUCUGCUGCGCGAUGUCUCUGCCGGUGGUGGCUUUCUCGGGAGGUUGGAUGCACAAUCCUCUGGCCUCGUGAUUUGCGCGCUGACGCACGAGGCCCACUUGCUCCUACAGUACCGGCAAGAUACCCAUGCUGUGGCCCGAGAGUAUGUUGCGCUUUGCCACGGCUUUGUGCCGGAGAACUUGCACGAGAUCCGUCUUCCAAUUCGUGUGCGUGCGGGAGCUUCCAGUGAAGUCCACGCAAGUGGAGUAGCUGCGGCCACGCGGCUGCGAACCCUCGCCCGGCUUUCGCGCCCUUGCGGAUCCUCCAUGGAGGGAUUCAGCCUGGUGGUGCUGUCGAUCUUGACGGGGCGAAAGCAUCAGAUCCGAUGCCACUUGGCGCAUGUCGGCCACCCCGUCCUCUGCGACGGGCGCUACGCGCCGCAGGCACUGCAGAAGGAUCUGCAGUGGUGCCCUCGGCUAUUUCUUCACCGCUUCCGUCUUGAGUUUCAAGGUCUGGACGACCGCAAGGUCGAGGCCAGCCACGGGCUGCCGAGCGACCUCCAAAAAGUGCUGCUGAACAGCCAACUGCAGCUUCAAGAAGCCAGGGCAUCCGGGGAAGUCUUGAACCUCUGGGCAAGAGGGGACUCGCGGCCCUUCCUCGCGUGGACUGACGAGUGUCAAAAGAAUUCAUCUCCAGCCUGA